AUGGCAAGCUAUGCAAGAUUAAGGAUGGAGUUACCUAUGCAAAAGAGAAAUCAAGAUAGAGAAACUAGUCCUGAGAGAACCAUGGUGUGGGCUGAAAGCAAAUCAAACAAGGAGCGGAAACUUUCUGUUGUUUACUACCUCUCACGCAAUGGCCAGCUUGAGCAUCCUCAUUUCAUAGAAGUCCCUCUUUCUUCUCCCCAAGGACUCUUUCUCAAAGAUGUUAUAAAUAGACUAAACAGCCUCCGAGGUGAAGGCAUGGCCAACAGGUAUUCCUGGUCUUCGAAAAGGAGCUACAAGAAUGGAUAUGUAUGGCAAGACUUAUCCAAAAACGACUUCAUAUACCCUUCCCAUGGCCGUGAAUACAUUCUCAAGGGAUCACUACUCUUACAAACUUCUCUAAGCUUUCGAUCCUACGAAACAGUUUCUUCAACUUCAUCAAUCUCCAAAAAUUCCUCUGCGACAUACAGUUCAGGUGAAGAUUCCAAUGUUCCUGCGAAAAUUAGAACGAAACAUCAUUCAUGGAGUGAAUUCAAAGAGCUUGAUGAACACAAAAUCUACAAGGCCAGAACAAGCAGAGAAUUUAGCAGCAAAGGCAACAAUGUGUCAACACAGACAGAUGAGAAUGCAAGGCAAAGAAGAGUUGGGGGUGAAGAAGCUGAAGAACAUCAAAGGGAGAAUGGACAGCAGGCUCCUCGACCAUCUUCAUAUUCAAGUUCAGAAGCUCCGGAAUGUCUGAACAUCUCAGCAGAUAUUAGAGAUCAAAGUGUUGAAAAUGAUCGCCCCAGUGGGAGGAUCAAGGCAUCUGCAGUCCUAAUGCAGUUGAUUGCCUGUGGAUCAAGAAGAGCCAAGGACUGUGGAGGCAAUGGAAAUAAAGGUAUGAACGUGCUGUUUCAUGGACGAGGAGAAAUACAAAAAGAUCAAUGUACCAUGGAAAUAGUCAAAUGCCAAGGUGCCAUGGUAAAAAAUCUUUGA